AAUAAAUGCGUAGUAGAAAUUUUUUGCAAUAUAUCGGUAUAUCGAUGGUUGUUAUUACAUCGCAGCUUGUGAACCAAUCAGCUGAUGCGAAGAAUUUAUACUAACCAUUAUUGGCUGAUUGGAUAUAAUUACAAAGCACGUUUGUUUAAUUUUUCACAAAAAAAAUUUGGGGCUGCAUGCGAAUACUCAACCAAGUCAAAGCAGCAAUGAAGUACAUAGAUAUUGGUGCCAAUCUCACGGACCCCAUGUUUCGUGGCAUCUAUGGCGGUACACAGAAGCAUACUAACGAUUUAAAUUUGGUAUUGGAACGUGCAUGGAAACAAGGCGUAGAAAAGAUGAUCAUUACAGUAGGCACACUGAAUGAGGCGGAUGAGGCCUUAAAAUUGGCAAAGACAAAUGAUCGCCUGACUGUUACAAUGGGCUGUCAUCCAACACGCUGCAAUGAUUUCUCGAACAACCCGGAGCAAUAUUAUGAGGGCUUACGUUUGAAAAUUCGUGAAAAUCCAGACAAAGUAAUUGCUGUAGGUGAAUGUGGACUCGACUAUGACAGGCUGCAUUUCUGUGAGAAAGAUAUGCAGAAAAAGUAUUUCGAAAAACAACUCAGUUUGGCAGCUGAAUUUCGCUUGCCACUUUUCCUACACUGUCGCAGUGCACACGCUGACUUCAUGGAAAUACUCGAACGUAAUCGAGACAAGCUAUUGGAGUGUGGAGGUGGUGUAGUGCAUAGUUUUGAUGGUACUUUAGAAGAAGCUGAAAAAGUAAUCGCUUACGGUGGUCUUUACAUCGGCUUAAAUGGCUGUUCCCUAAAGACGCCAGAAAAUUUAGAAGUGGUGAAAGAAUUGCCCAACGAAUGCAUUAUGUUAGAAACAGAUUGUCCGUGGUGCGGCAUUAGACCAUCGCAUGCGGGUUCUAAAUUUGUGAAAACCAAAUUUGCGGCAGUUAAGAAAAAAGAGAAAUGGACAGCGGAGACACUGGUGGACGGACGCUGUGAGCCAUGUCAAAUAAGUCAAGUGCUGGAAGUUAUUGCGGGGGUGAAGGAACGGGAUGCUACCGAACUUGCCGAAAUCUACUUCGACAACACUUUGAAUUUAUUCUUUAAUAAAAGUAAAAAGUGAGCAUUUAUAGUCGUAUUAUUGCGAGAAAUAAAUGUUUAAAAUUGCAUAAAAA